CGUGCAGCAGCAGCAGCGGCGGUGGUGAGUGAGUGAGUGAGAUGAGCGGCGGGACACACGCGGGGAUGAAGAUGAUCUGAACGGCUGCGGCUACCGAUCCGGCCCGCGCGAGGAGAUGCGCCGCUCGCUCUCUCGGUCCAGACGUCUCAUAUGAGUCGGGUCGGGUCAGUACUGAACAUGAGCUUCACUAGAACUCUCCUGCACUGGAAUGGACUGUGGCAAACAUGUGUGUUGCCAUGGUGAUUAUUCACACUAAAACACUGGACAAGAAGCCCGUCGAUGAUGUAACAUCCCAAGAGUCUCUGCAGCUGCACGAGCCGCCAACCAUGAGCCAGGGGACGGCCCUCUUCUCCUGCGGAAUCAUGGAUUCUGGCCGGUGGUCUGAGGUCAGCAGAGGCUGCGGCGUCCAGCAGCGACCCGUGGGCUCCAGUCUGGAGAGCCUGUGGGACAGCGUGCGUGAAACGUGUUCCGCUCGUGAGGCGGGCAGCGCGAGCACCAUCAGCGGAUUACUGCGAGAUCUCAGCCUGAGUGAAGCACCCUCUCCUGGCAGCACAGCCCCGCCCAGCAAACGACAGUGUCGCUCACUGUCCUGCUCUGAUGAGCUCAGCGGCUGCCGGUCGUCGUGGCGACCGCAAGGCUCCCGUGUGUGGACAAGCAUGGAGAAGCGCCGGUGUCACAGCGGGGGAAGUGUUCAACGGGGAGUGGUGUCUGCCUUCAGCCCAUCGGGGUUUCCCGCGAUACAGCGCAGCUCCAGCUUCAGUCUGCCGACUCACACGAGCCUGCUGCAGCCGUUCGGCCACGCCUUCUCUUUUCCCGCCUCCUCCGGACCGCCACAGACGCCCUACUGCUCGCAUGAACAGAUCUGCCUGCCCGAGCCCAGCGCGCCAUCAGAGGCCAGCUCACCCGACUCCACCCCAGAGCUGGAGCGCCGUGAGUGUGGACUCCCCCGCAGCCGAUCGCAACCCUGCGUCCACAACGACAAAAAGAUCGGCGUGAAGCGCAGGAGACCAGCAGAGAUUCACAAACAGAGGCCUUCACUCGACCUGCUCAAGAUGACACAGAAGCUGCAGGAUUUUCACAGUCUGAGCUGUCCAGGAUUCACCACGAGCGAUCGAGUGCCGUUUUCCAGUCCGUCACUGCAGCACGAGAGUGAUGACACAAGCGAACAUCUUCAGCUCUGCACCAAAGAUGACACCAUCAUCAACCAAUCAGACGCCAGCUGGACAGGAGGACUGAGCAGUGGCAAAGAGUGUGAGCAUCUGUGGGCGGGGCUGUGCAGCGUCAGGGGGCGGGACGUUUUCCAGCUGGGCGGAGAACUGGACAUCGAACAGAUCGAGAGAAACUGA